AUGUUCACAGCGUAUGUCGAAAAGGCCGGCAGUGCCAUCCUUCGACGCGCUGUCGAUUUCUCGUUCCAACCGCGAAACAACAUCGAUUUCUCGGAAUGGAUCGCUCUCCUAACCCUUUGUCUCGCUCCUCUGGUCAUGCACAUCGUCGCCGGUGUACCUACCCCGACCUAUUUUGAGCAUAAGCGGCCCCAGUGGCACGAUCAAAUUACCCAUUAUAAUCCGACUUCGAUCAUCUGGCGAUACUUCGUCAUUACUGACAGACGUGUUCGUGCAAAAUCGUGGAAUGCCGAGGAUAUGGCUGCAAGCAAUGCCCUCUUCUGGACAGCAAAAGGCUGGGACGGAUCGGAGUCUAUAAUGCGCAGCAGUCGAGUCUUUUUGACAAGAAUACCAAGUCGCGCACGGAUCAGUUUCUUUUCUGCGACUUCAGCAAAGACGCUCACGAUAACCUUGCAGGGUGUACAAGCUAUCUAUUGCUUAUUGGUCAAACCCUUGAAUUGGGGCGUUGAAAUGGCAAUCGAUUCUAUAUUUUUCCCCUUGGCCUUACUCGGGCUUUUGAGAUUGCCAGCCGCAAUAUGGUUGACUGAAGACUACUCUUACGCUGACUACAACACUGACGUGAAGAUCCCGCAAGUCCCAGCAUCAAAUCGAGAUUCCAAUGUUCGGCGAUCUCAGGACCGUCCAUUCACACAACCGAAAACGCUUAGGACCAUGGGCCUGCUGGAUGCGUCACCCUCCUUAUUGGUUAAGAGCGAAUACGCUGCACAAAACUGGCGCGGCAUCCUCGUCCGCGUUCUGUUCCUACUCCCACUCGCUGGCUUCGCUCUAAUAAGCCUUUGCUUCACGUCCCUUCGGAGCGGUGUAAUCUUCACAGUUACAGCUUUAUGCCUCAAUCUAUUCUACACCGUCUUUCUCUGCGCGUCUGCCACUAUUCUCAGCGCGUAUAUCAUCCUCGGGCGCUCCACAACGACGAUAAUCCCAUGUAUCACGUCUUGUUGGUAUAAAGUCUACACCGCCUUUCUAGGAUUACUGGCAUUCCUUCUCAUACUAGCUGCAGCCCUGGAAACCAAAAAAACGCCCUGCGGCAAACAUACUACCCUUGGAAAGAACAGUUUUGUUGAAGUUUGUGGCGAGAAGUUUUUCAAUGCCAGCACGACAGAGGGGCUUUUUGGUGUGGCAGAAUGGGUGACGGUACCAAUGCAGGUGGCGAAGACCCGGAUGGAACUGCAUAAGUUCGAUGGCUGGUGCAGUGGUAAGCUUGAUAGCGCUGUUUUCUUCUCCGCGAACCUCACGGCAAGCACGCCUUAA